UGGCACCCUUUCUUCUUGCUACGCUACCCAUGAAGGUCACUCACACUUACCAGAAAUAUAAUCCAAAGGCUUCGUUUGGAAUAAUCGCUAGCGAUUUAACAAAAGUCAGCUAUGUUCCCAGUAAAGGCUCCAAAACAGGUGAACUUUGUCUGUGUGGAGCCGGUGAAUCAGCAGUUAUUUGGAAGCCACGGACAUCUGAAAAAGUUCAUACUUUUGCAAGAGGGACUGGGUGCCAUACUAUUUCUUGUCUCAGGGCGUCUGAAGUUUCAUCUCUGGAUCCUCGAGUGGCUAUUGGUUAUUCUGAUGGACUUGUUAAUAUCUUCAAUAUGAAUACUGGUGAUAUUGAGGCCCAUUUCCGUGCUGGCCGUUCACGAGUCACAUCUAUGGACCUACAAAAUGAUUUGCUUGUCUGCGCCGCGGAUUCUGAAAUAAAUGUUUUCGACAUUGUUUCUGGAUCUGGUACUAGAAUGAAAGGGCACCAUGGUAUCAUCACCAAACUAAAAAUAAUGGCUGAAAGGAAAUUAUUAAUAUCAAGCGCACAGGACGGUUUUAUAAAAUUUUGGGAUCUGAAAACUCAACAUUGCUUUGCUACUUUGACAGGACAUCCAGGACCAGUGUGGGAUUUCGCACUCACUCGUUGUGGUGAAUUACUUGUUAGUGGAACUAAUGACCAAAACCUGAGAGUUUGGCAAAUAAAUUAUGUGGGUGAAAAUAAUUUACCUGUGACACAUAUCAAUAAAAGUACUUCAACCACUGAUGAAAUAGUAAACCCCUUAAGUGAACUUCAGUCUCAAAUCGCUGUACAAUUUUUGGGUUGUGUUCAACGUGUAGGUGUUCGCCGAGUUCAUUGUUUGGUUUUUGAUCCUACUGGGACCUACUUAUUAUGUCAGUCUUUCGAUCGAAGUGUGGAAGUAUUUCGACUCUUGGACGAAGAAGCUAAAGCCAAAAGGUUACGUAAAAAGACCAAGAAAGCUAAAACAAAGGGCUUGGAUCCGUCUAGUGUGAUCCUAGAUGCAGAAGAUGAAUUACGUCCUAUCUUGAGAAUUACUCUAUCAGCGAAGCCUAGUAGUUGUGACAUUUUGGCGCCGCGUUUAAUCAAUGAACAUGAAUCCCAGAAACAUCUUAUUCGUAUUAUCUGCUCUCUCAAAAAUAAUAUGUUAGAAGAACUGCAGCUGGUAGUCCCUAUAUCUCCAUUUAAAUUACAAACCCUACAACCUACGCUAACUUCCAAUAAGAAAUGUCCAAAUGUCCGGUUAUUAAAUACCGUUUCUAUUUUUGGGCAUAGAAGUCCUAUAAUCGCUUGCAGUUUUACUAGUGAUAACCUUGGCGUUUUUACAUUAUCUAAGACGGAAGCGAAACUGUGGAGUAGGCGCUCAACAGCAUGUCUAGCUACGUUAGAAUGGAAGAGUCAUCCGAACAACAAACCUAAUAAUACAGAUGAACCAUCUUCAAGCAAUCAAUUACCUAAUAAGGCGUCUUCAAUGGUACUUGCUCCAGGUGAUCGUCAUGUAGUCAUUGGAUAUGAGACCGGUCAAUUAAUUUUAUUCGACCUGACUUCGAAAUUAGUAGUGCAGAUUAUCGAUGAAGCUCACACUGGUGCUGUACGAAGUAUUGCUGUAACCGGAGAUAAGAAAAAGGUUAUAUCCGGUGGGUCUGACAAACAAGUGAAGUUCUACGAUUUUAGUUUAAAAACUCCUGAUAAUGGAAAACCACAUCUCUGUCUUGUUGAUAAUAGCCCUUCAAAAUCUGUUUCUGAUCAGAUUAGUUGUCUAGCUGUUUCCCCAAAUAAUCGGCUGGUGGUCAUUGCUUUGAUGAAUUUCCAUGUGGACGUAUUUUUCACUGAUUCUUUUAAGCGAAUACAUUCACUUUAUGGUCAUUCUGCUCCAGUUACUAGUUUGGAUAUUUCCUCCGACAGUCGUUUAAUUAUAACAGGGAGUACUGAUAAAACAGUUCGUUUAUGGGAAUUACAGUUUGGUAAUUGUCAGCGAAGAUUUACUUCACAUUUAGAACCCAUCACUUGUGUUCGAUUUAUUCCACAUACUUCAUUGGCUGUUUCUGCUGAUAAAGGUGGUCAGAUCAAACAAUGGGAUAUUAAAAAGUUCCGUGAAAUUACUACUCUUAAGGGUCAUAACGGUAGCGUAACCUGUUUAGCUACAGCGAUAACUAACACAGCUCUUUUGACGCAAAAGAAAACCCCUAAAUUGGCAAAAUCGCGCAAAUCACGUCCACAGAACCACCAAGAUGAAGGCAGCGAUGAUGAUGAUGAUAUGGACGAACUGUGGGGUGGUCUUAUUGUAUCCACUGGUCAGGAUUUCAGCAUAAGAAUAUGGGAGGAAGCUGACGAACUUUUGAUUUUAGAAGAAGAAGAACAAAUUGCACGAGAACAGGAGGAGGAAGAAGAAUUGGUCCGAUCAGAAGCAGUUAUUCCUGGUGCGAUGCCUUCGGAAGCCAGUGAAAUCGGUCCUUUAGGUCGACCAACUGGUAAUACAAGAGAUGCUGCUGAUAUGUUUAUGGAAGCAAUGGAUAUUUAUGAAGAAGAGAUAGCCAAGCGCAAAACUGGAGCUAAAAAUAUAACACCACAUCCUCUAAUGGUUGCUCGUGGAGCAAACUGUCCAGAGAAAUUUCUACUCAAAAGCCUGAUGGCUCUAAGAGCACCAUACACUCUCUUAGGUGGUGGUGGGGCAGGUUUAGAACAUACAUUGGGUGCUUUAACUAGUGAACAUGUUCGCCGUUUACUUCCUAAGUUAGCGGAUUGGUUAUCUCGUGGUUGGGAAGUAGAACUUGUUGGGCGAUCAAUUCGCCAUUUAAUAACUCUACAUUUCGGUCUUGUAAUAUCAUGUUCCGAGCUACGUGAGGUAAUCCGUCAGUCAUCUAAGGCUCGGAUGGAACAAUUAGUCCGUGCAAAAAAUCUUAUCGGUAUGAAUUUAGCCGGUUUAGAAUGUUUAGCUAGAAAAUUGGAAGAGAAUCAACAAAUUGAUCUAUUCGAUGAAUUAAUAACGACACGAGAUAAACGAAUCAAGAAACACAAAGCUAAACAGGCGCGUUUAAUGCCGUUACUUCCCGACUAAUUUUAUAUUUCAUAUAGAGAUGAAGAGCAUAUUUAUGUAUAUGUAUAUAAAAUAGAAAUACUGUACCGUGAUUCAAAAUAACAUUGUUCUUAAUUUAUACAGUCAAGGUGAGAGAGGGAUGUAAGAUAGGAUAGGCAAAUAACGUUUCAUGUUUAUGAUGAAUACAAAGAUCAUUUUAUUGUGUAGUUGUGUGGGUUCGGGAAAAAAUGACAACAAAUCAUAGGAUUAAUAGCUCCAGUAAGAUUUGACGUAAGCAUUAUAUUUAUAUACUUAUCAUCAACUAAAUAAAAGUUGUACACUAGGAAAUU